AUGCCAACGUACGCAGAACGUGCCAGGGCUCUCUGGAGGUCGCUGAGCGCCGCAGACAAACAACGAGUUUAUGGCUUCCUCACGGUUGACGGCAACGCUGGCUGGAAAUUUGACUCCGAAAACGUCGCCGAACUAUGCGAAGCGCACCCCGAAAUCCCCUUUGCCCUACGAGCCAUGAUCGCUGCCGACAGAGGAGCCGCCUCGAACAGAAACUCCGACGUAUGCCUUGGCCGGGCGUCUGAAAUCUUUGAGCACGCGGAGGUUGUAGCGCGCACUGUGGACAAUCGCUUUGGCGAGGCGCUCCCUAAAGAUGCCUACAAGGAUGUCCAAGCCAGGUUGAUAAAACGUGGUAAACUCAGAGGAUGGCAGGCUGUGCCGGUGGAGACCAUCAAGCAGAUCAUCGACCUUUACGCAUUUAAUGCUACAAACACACCCCCUGAUCCCGAUGGAGCUCAUGGUGGUGAAUUCGUCCAGGAGAAGUUGAGAAUGCUUUGGGAGAGAGGAAAGCUGUGGUGCGCACCCCAAGAUUGUGGCCGCGUGCAGCGUCUGCUCGACAGAGUCGAAGGAGAGCUCCCAUCAAACAUGAAGCCCACCAUCAAGGAAGAGGAUUACUUGGCCAAAGAGGAGGAGGCUUCUGUUGCUCUCUUCAAACGCGACCUCGAGAGUGCAAAGCACAAGGCGGCUCGGCUUGGGCGACAAAAGGAAAAUGUUGCCGCUGCCAAUGAGAUCAGGUGCUUAGAAGACAAGCUCUCGCGAUGGGAAAGGACGAGGCGGCGUCUUUGUGAAGAUCUUCAAGUCCACGAGGCCAAGGCGAAAUACCUGCGCUGGGGUGGUCGGCCUCUAGGACGUUUCGACCCCUUCGACGAAAUUCAGCAGGCGUUCCAGGACAUCCAAACGAAAGAUGACGGCAUAUUCAUUGAGCACGAUUAG